AAAUUCUCUCACUGAUAUUCUGUAUCUUAUUGUGCAACAGAAUGAGAUUUCAGUUUGUAAUGCCACGUUUUCACAGGCCACUCUUGUUGUGAAAUAGGUGUGUAAUUGUUAUUUUGCAAACCUCCCCCUCUUUGUGCUUUUUAACCUGUUUGUUUAGUCACCAGAGGGCAAGGCCUAUAGUAAAGACUUUAGCAGAGUUUUAGCACUAGUUCUAACACUAACAGCUGCUUGUCAUCGUAACAAAACCAUUCACAAUGGAGGAAACAAUAUCGUGGAACUUCAGAUUUGGGAUAGUCAUUCUCGGAGACUCGGCUGUAGGGAAAUCUUCUCUUCUGCAUCGCUUCACUGAAGGAACAUUUGAUGAAUCCUCUCAGUCUCCUCUGGGAAUUGAUUUUAAGGUGCAUAACAUGAACUUUGACCCUGAUGUUGUGGUCAAACUCCUUCUGUGGGACACUGCGGGCCAGGAAAGAUUUAGGUCCAUCUGUAAGUCUUACAUGAGGAAUUCUGUAGGCUGCAUUCUGAUGUUCGAUGUCUCGCAGCGACAGACGUUUGAUCGUGUUUGCAGCUGGCAUCAGGAAGUCCUGGACUAUGUGAAACCAAACCCCAUGUUCUUCUUGCUUGUGGGUCAUAAGAGUGACCUGGCUGUGGGACGACAGGUCCGGAAGAGUGAAGGAGAAGCGCUGGCUAAAAAACUCAACAUGGUGGCUUAUCUUGAAGUGUCUACAAAGGAGAAUAUAAACGUCAGCGAAUCGUUUGAGACCUUGGCCAGAGGGAUAUAUGAACUCUUCUUGAAAGGAAAAAUACCCACCCGAAAUGACUGGCACGGGUUAGUCGUUGGGGCCGCCAUUAAAAAAGAGACACCUGAGACAAAAAAAUCUGCCUGCUGCAACUAUGGAUGAAUUUAGUGUGUGUUUAAGACUCA